AUGUGGCACAGCCACAACCUUCUCAAAUCACCUCGCAUGAGCAAAAGGAUUCGAUCGGCCGUCAGAACAGGCAGUCUGAACCAUCAACUUGCUCUUGCAUCUCUCUAUUAG